GCUCCACCCCAUGCGCCUUCUUUCCUGCGCCAAGCACUUCACGCUUAGUCCCCAUCCCGGCGGUCUUUGCGUGAACAAAAUGGCAGCCACCGUGCUGCGGAGAGUGUCUUGCCUAUCCAGGGCUUUAGGAUGGUGGUCUCCGCAGCCAGUCUUGGUGACUCAGUCCACAGCUGUAAUUCCAGUGAGAACUAAAAAACGUUUCACACCCCCUACUUAUGAACCUAAAUUCAAAUCAGAAAAGGAGUUUGUAGAACAUGCCCGGAAAGCAGGACUGGUCAUUCCUCCGGAACGUCUGGAGCGUCCCAUACAUCUGGCCUGUACAGCUGGUAUCUUUGAUGCCUAUGUUCCUCCAGAGGGUGAUGCUCGAGUGUCGUCUCUUUCAAAGGAAGGACUGGCACGGAGAGCUGAGCGAUUGAAGAAGAAUGUGGCAUCACAAUUGUCAAUCCGGAGGAUAAGAGAAUGUGAUGCUAAUUUUAAAAUAAAGGACUUCCCUGAAAAAGCUAAAGAUAUCUUCAUUGAAGCUCACCUUUGUCUAAACAACUCAGACCAUGACCGGCUUCAUACCUUGGUAACUGAAAACUGUUUUCCGGACAUGGUCUGGGACAUCAAAUAUAAGACCGUCCGCUGGAGCUUCGUAGAAUCUUUAGAGCCACCUCAGGUGGUUCAGGUUCGCUGUUCAAAUCUGCUGAACCAGGGCAACAUGUAUGGCCAGAUCACUGUCCGCAUGCACACCCGGCAGACUCUGGCCAUCUAUGACCGGUUUGGCCGAUUGAUGUACGGACAGGAAGAUGUGCCCAAGGAUGUCCUGGAGUAUGUUGUCUUUGAAAAGCACCUGGUAAACCCCUAUGGGAGCUGGAGAAUGCAUGGCAAGAUUGUCCCCCCAUGGGCACCCCCUAAGCAGCCCAUCCUUAAGACCGUGAUGAUCCCUGGUCCCCAGCUGAAACCCUGGGAAGACUAUGAAGAGCCACAAGGAGAGGCCCAUAAGCCUCAGCUAGCCUGAUGGCAAAAAUGACUCCUGGGGUGAAGCAUGGGUGAUGAGGUGGCUGGAAGCUGUGAAGUCUGGGAGUCUGAGCGCUGUAAAGUCAUCUAUCUCCAUCACGCUGUAGAAGGAACUACCUUUGUUCUCUCCUGUCCUGCUUGGGUCUUUUCAGCAGUCUCAUCUUUAAUAACCACAGCUGAUGGCUGGGCCCAGGUGGGUGGCUGCUGUGCACAGCCAUAGACCCACUUUUAGAAGAAAUUUUAUAUCUAGCCUCUGAGUGUAGAUGAAAGACGGUAUGUUACAGAGAACAUCUGAUAGCGGUUUUUCCUAUAGCAGGACUGUCAGGAGCAAAUUGGCGGAAUUUUCUUUCUAAUCGCCGGGCAGCGAUCAGAGUUUGAAAUAAAACACUAUCAGGGUGUUGGACAAAU